AUGAAGAUCCGAGAAUCAGCUAAGGCAGGAGCUCCAGUCAAAGGUAGCCAGUCAUCCUAUGCUCGUCCUGUGGAGAUGCAGAGAAUGGAGAAGAUGCUAGCUACGUGGAUUGAGCACCAAAAUAAGACCCGUGUGCCCAUCAGCUUGGCGCUAAUCAAAGCUAAGGCUGUGUUAAUCUAUGAAACCAUCGAACGGGAGAAGAAGCCGUUCAUCGCCAGUAACGGCUGGUUCAACAAUUUCCAGAAGAGGUAUGGUUUCCAGAACCUGAAGAUGGUAGGGGAAGCAUCUUCAGCAGAUGCUCAAGCUGCAGUGGAGUAUCCUGCUGUGCUACAGAAAAUUAUAGAAGACGGCGAUUAUUCCCCAAAGCAAGUUUUCAACAUUGAUGAGACUGGCCUCUACUGGAAGAAACUGCCAAACCGUACAUACAUCUCCAAAGAAGAAGCUUCUACCCCUGGAUUUAAAGCCUCUAAGGACUGGUUGACAAGAGUGAAGAUAAUGGAGGAGGCAGAGGGAGCAGCAGCACCAGCAGCAGCAACAGAUACAUUGGGACAACCUCAGCAAGCCCUCACAGCAGCCAACUUGUCUGAGUGUAUGGACUUGUUGGCGCAGUCAAUGAAAAUUCUGGAAGAAAAUUACCCAAAUAUUGAAAGAAGCACUGCUGUCAUCAGAGGGGUCAUGGAAAAAAAUGACAUGCUAUGA